AUGAUGCUAAUGGAUGCUAAAACUAUGCAAAAGAUGCAUAAAAGAUGUACUAAAACCAUGCAAAAUGUCUUUGAAGAAAUCAACUCCAUCUUACUUCCAACCUUUGACGAGUAUGGAGCUGAAGAGGAGACUGAUGGUGCACCUAAUCUCUUUCACAAGAUAAGAAUCUUUACACCAAAAGAUUCGGAGUUCAAAGGUGACCAAUUCAUUGAAGAGAAGCUUGAGAGAACAAUGAAGCUUUUCCCCAAGGCAUUGGUUUUCAAAGAUGAUGUGAGAGAUGACUAUGGCGCGACAACACCACCACAAGACCACUAA